AUGAGCCUCGUACUGGUUGUCGCUGGCUUGGUGCUACACCCAGAUACGAUCUGCUACGUUUCUGGAAAUCACGAAUUGGCCAGUUGCCAUCGACAGUAUGGUUUCCUACAUCAGCUCAAGGACGAGGGCUACCCGGACUAUCUAUAUGCGUGCAUUCGCGGCUUCUUCGACGCGCUGCCCCUGAUCGCCAUCAUCGACCAGCGUAUUAUGGCGGUGCACGGCGGAAUUGGUCCCGAGGUGACAGCCAACGUCAUCCGAGAUGGAUUCGACCCGCGCGGCCCGCUGACACGCACGCUGAAGAAUGCGCUCCUUUGGAGCGAUCCAAAUCAUAAUAUCAGAAACUAUGCGGACAACCUGAUCCGUGGCGUUGGUUAUUGUUUCGGUGUUGAAGCCAUUGCCGAUUUUCGCCAUCGAAUGGGCAUCGACUUCAUCAUCCGUGCACACCAAGAGAUGAACACCGGCAUGCACUUUUUCGGCGAUUGGUUGAUCUCGCUGUACACGACUUGUCGCCGGGAUUCUGGAGAGGAGCGGCAGGGCAUCCGCGACACGGACAAGGACGCGAACGCGGAGAUCGGCGGCGUGCUCGUCUACGACGGCAACCAGGCAUUCACCAUGGUCCACUUCAUUCCCCUGUACAAUUUCUACGCCUCGCAUGCCAAAUUCACCGCCGCCUUCAAUCGAAAAAUUGUCAAAGACGGCGUCUUCGCCGAGGCCAACUACGACACUGCUUUUAUGGGGAUC